ACACAUUAGGGUUAGUGUGUGUCAACUGAAAGGAAAUGUUUUCAUUAAGGUUAUGUUUCUGAGAGGUGGGAUUCUGGUAUCUGUGGUGGGAUUAUUAGGGAAGAUUGUACAACCUCAAACCUUUAGUGGACCUAAAAAUUCUGUUACAACUAAAUUGUUUUUUGGUAUUCAAUGUACUCGGAAAAUGACUACGAGUAAAGAAAUAGAGUCAAGUUUUAAAUCAUUGAUAAAUGAUAAUGAUGUAGUAGUUUUUAGUAAAACUACCUGCCCCUUUUGUAAAAAGGUCAAACAGUUAUUUAAGGACAUCAAUGCAGAAAUAUUUGUAUUUGAACUCAAUUCUCACUCAGAUGAUAAGUGCGCUCAGAUGCAAGAUGUCUUGCAAAAGAUGUCAGGUCAGCGCACUGUUCCAAACGUAUAUGUGAAGAAGCAUCAUGUCGGUGGAUAUACUGACACGAAGCAAGCUCUAGAUGAUGGCACUCUUUUUGAUAUGCUCGAAGGAGAUUUCAAGACCUAUGACUAUGACUAUGUAGUCAUAGGUGGUGGGUCAGGAGGCUUGGCUUCUUCAAAGGAAGCAGCCUCGUAUGGCCGCAAAGUAGCAGUAUGUGACUUAGUGACUCCCUCUCCUCAAGGCACCACUUGGGGUCUAGGUGGUACCUGCGUCAACGUCGGCUGCAUUCCCAAGAAACUCAUGCACAAAGCUGCAAUCAUUGGAGAGGACAUUGAUGACGCCCCCCAUUACGGUUGGACCACUGAAACGAAAGUGCAUUCCUGGCCAGAUAUGGUGGAAAACAUCCAAAAUCACAUCCGAUCCCUCAACUGGAAAUACAGAAAGUCCUUGAAGGACAAAAAUGUCACCUACUUUAAUGCUUAUGCCAAGUUUAAGGACAAACACACCUUAAUGCUAUACAACAAGAGUGGGGAGUUCCAGAAGGAGAUUACAGGUCAAAACUUCUUACUCGCUAUGGGAUGUAGGCCUGUGUAUCCGGAGUUUCCCGGUGCUCGGGAGUUCUGCAUCUCCUCGGAUGACAUCUUCUCUAUGACAGAACACCCUGGCAAGACUCUAAUUGUGGGGGCAUCCUACAUCUCCCUCGAGACUGCUGGCUUCCUGGCUGGUCUCGGCAUUGACGUUACUGUCAUGGUGAGGUCUAUACUCUUGCGAGGGUUUGACCAGGAAAUAGCCAAGAAGAUUGGAGCCAAUCUAGAAGCGCACGGAGUUAAGUUCGUCAACAACUGCGUGCCCACUAGUGUCACCAGAGUCUCAGAGGACAAAUUGUUGGUAGGUGUAAAUACACUAGAGCUACUGGCUGAUUUUGUAAGCUUGUAGCUAGAUAUAAUGAUA